GGUCAGAGGUCGCGCGGCCAUCUUGUGGCGGCGGCGGUCGGAGAGGCGGCGGCGCGGCCUCCCCCGGGGAGGAGCGGCCCCGGGCGGGACGGGACAGGGAGUGCCGAGGCCAUGUCCUCCUUCUCGGAGUCAGCGCUGGAGAAGAAGCUGUCGGAGCUGAGCAACUCCCAGCAGAGCGUGCAGACGCUCUCGCUCUGGCUCAUCCACCACCGCAAGCACGCAGGGCCCAUCGUCUCCGUCUGGCACCGGGAGCUCCGCAAAGCAAAAUCCAGCAGGAAACUCACUUUCCUGUAUUUAGCAAACGAUGUCAUCCAGAACAGCAAGAGGAAAGGCCCUGAGUUCACCAGGGAGUUUGAGUCUGUGCUUGUGGAUGCUUUUUCCCACGUUGCCAGAGAAGCAGAUGAGGGCUGCAAAAAGCCCUUGGAACGAUUGCUCAACAUCUGGCAGGAGAGGAGUGUGUAUGGCAGUGAGUUCAUCCAGCAACUGAAACUCUCCAUGGAGGACUCCAACAGCCCCCAGACAAAAGUUGCAGAGGAGAAGAAGUCUUUAAAGAGAACUUUUCAGCAAAUACAAGAGGAGGAAGAUGAUGAUUACCCAGGGAGCUACUCACCCCAAGACCCCAGUGCUGGGCCACUGCUGACUGAAGAUUUGAUCAAAGCCCUGCAAGACCUGGAAAAUGCAGCAUCAGGAGAUGCAACAGUGCGGCAGAAAAUUGCCUCUCUGCCUCAGGAAGUUCAGGAUGUCUCAUUACUGGAGAAGAUUACAGACAAGGAGGCAGCCGAGCGUCUCUCCAAGACGGUGGACGAGGCCUGCCUGCUGCUGGCUGAGUACAACGGGCGCCUGGCGGCAGAGCUGGAGGACCGGCGGCAGCUGGCACGGAUGCUGAUCGAGUACACCCAGAACCAGAAGGAUGUGCUGACAGAGAAGGAGAAGAAGCUGGAAGAAUACAAACAGAAACUUGCUCGGGUAACCCAGGUCCGCAAGGAGCUCAAGUCCCACAUCCAGAGCCUCCCAGAUCUGUCCCUGCUGCCCAAUGUCACAGGAGGGCUGGCACCUCUGCCAUCUGCUGGUGACCUCUUUUCAACAGACUAGAACAAACGGUGUCCCCCAGUUUCCAUUAUUACCAGCAGAAGUAAGAAGACUCUGGUAUUGACUGGAAAUCCAGUCUUCCAAGAUCUACAAUUGGAAGGAACUUGCAGACCCUGCUUUCAACCUCUUGGCUGCUCAUGCUCUCCCUCUCUGGGUACAGUGGCUCAUGGGGAGGGAGGGAGGGAGGGAAGAAGGGCGAGGGUGUGAGCUCUGAAGGGAGUGGGGUGGUCUGUCUAGGCAAACUCUUCUCACUUUUUCCCAUACUCUUUAGUUGCUGUUUGCUCUUAGCACUUGUUAACCCCACAGAAGUUGUGAGAAUCAUGUACAUACAUACCUGGGAUGUUUUCAAGGAAAGGUUGACCAUAUAAUGCUUUUUCUCUGUGAAAGUAUUGUAUUAUUUCUGAUUAAGUCUUGUCUGGUUUAGUUGGGUUUCUGAACUCACCUCUGAGAGCAGUAGAGUGGCUCUGUGGGGAUGUGUGUGUGUGCAGGCACUGUGCCAUGUCAGUGUGAGGAGGAGGCAUCUACUGAGCAGUGGUACAGAGAAAUAUUCUUCUUACAUCUGCAGUUCCUCACACUGCUGUGGGGCUGACAGGAAGAUGGCUCCUAUUUGGCACGUACGUAAAUUGAAACUCACCACAGGCAAUAAAAAUAAGCAGCUUUUCUUUGUGAAUUAGAGAGAGCUUCACAAUUUACACUCUGCUGAGCAAUGCAGAACUGGAUAUUGCCUAAAUGAGAGUGGAAGUAAAUUUUGUUCUAGCUACCUUAGAUUUAUACCACAUUUUCCCUCUUCAUUAUACAAAAUUAGAUGGUCACAGAAGCUUUGGUUUAAUGAACUGAGAGGUUGGAAUGGUGUAUUGCAGCAGGUGAUAUCCUAGUGACAGGCACUGCCUGAUCUGCUCUGAGGGUGGGCACAUUGCAAAUACUAUUCUGUAAAUCCUCUCCAUAGCUUUAGUGAAGCUGUUUGAUGAACAGAAGUUAAAUGUGGUAUAAAUGUUUAUUUAUUUAGGAAAUAGACCCUUAUGUAUGCACAUACCCUGUAUGCACAUGUACCAUGUCCAUGCAUGUAGAUAGUAGAAGGAUGUACUUAAUUUUGUGUCAGAUUAUUGUGGGUUGAUUUUUAUAGUCAGGAAAAGUGGGUGGGGGGGAAAGGCCAAAUUUCAAAGACUUGUAAUUCCAUUCUGUUGCUGGCUGAUGCUGUAGCUGACAUGGCUGUGGCUGCAUUUCAGUUGUGUGUUAGGGCUGACAAGCUGGACUCUGAUCACUGAAAACCAUUCCAGUUUGGAUAAAAUUCUGUUUAAAUUUAGCACCUCUCACUAUAAAAUAUUUUAAGUUUCUGGAAACACUUGAUCUGGUAAUACAGGUGUUGUAGCACUGAGGCUGAAAUUAGUUGAUGUGCUGUUUGUGCCUCUGCUGUUGUCAGAGAUGUGAGAGGAAACCUACGGAAAUGCAAAGCUUGUUCUGCAGCCUCAUUAAUUUAUUUACAGGGUGUUCAGUAGCCAAUUCAGUUAAAACAGGUAAUACAGCAUUUUUGGGUCAUUAUGUUGUUAAGAAGCUCACGUCCUUUUCUUACUGACACUUCAUUUUGUCCUUUUUUUAAAACCCCUUGCACCCUUCCUGCCCAGCCAAGAAAUGUGUUUUCCUCUUCAGUUCACAGGAGAUUUUCCAGUUGUGGAUCUCUUCUUUCCGUUAAGUGGUUUUGUUAUGCAGCCUUUUAUGGUCCAAACAUUAUUCAGAUAAAUCACUGUGCAUUCUCUCUGCUUUUGCCAAAAAUGAAAAAAAAAUCCACCAAACCUCAAAAACCCAAACCAAAAGACUCAUUCCUGUCCUCUUGCAGCUCAUGGAGUUACCCUGAGGCUGCUCUAACCAGUAAUUAGUUUGACCAUUGAUUGAAUGUGUAUCCACUAUAGGACAAAAAAGAUGUCAUAAAAAAAUUAUGUAGACAAAUGUGUGGACAUCUCACACUGUUGUUUUGGGCAGAUCUUCUGUGAGAGUUGUAUGUCCUUUUUUUUUUUUUAAUUGAAAGGUUUUGAUUUUUUUUCCAAGUUAUACCUAAGUGUUUUAUUUUGCUUAAUUUAAAUGAAGUCUUGUGGCUUUUAAUUUUAUUUGUUUUACUUUUGGGCAAAGGGCAUCUGGUGAACUGGGUGACAUUCUCUCAAGGUUAAACAGAUUUUCCCAAGGUGUGUCUUUUCUUUUUUUAACAAAAGCUUAAAUCUGUAUAUGAAUUGAUUUAGGAAUUAAUUUAGACAUAUAGGCUGCCAUUUGUGACAGCAGUAUAUUCUGAAAUGUCUCAUAGAUAUCUAUUUUUGAAUAAAGAGGGUGUCAUUGAA